GUGGCUUAUGCGGAUGACCUCUCAGGUGCUGGUAAAAUUUCAGACUUAAAAGGGUGGUGGGACACUGUGAACACCGCCGGCCCUGAGAUAGGAUACAUCCCUAACGCCACCAAGUCUUUCCUUAUUGUCAAACCUGAACAUUAUGACCAUGCCGCAGAAACUUUUAGAGGAAGUGGCGUCAUUGUGACAAAAGACGGACAACGACACUUAGGUGCAGUGAUCGGGACAGAGGUAUAUAAGAAGGAGUACGUGGGAGACAAAGUAGCUGAAUGGGUGAAGGAAAUAGAAGCUUCAUCUGCCAUUGCCAAGACUGAGCCACACGCUGCCUAUUCAGCGUACACCCACGGCAUCCAACAUCGGUGGACGUUCCUGAUGCGCACCAUCCCCGGCAUCAGUCCACUCCUCCGACCACUGGAAAGUGCCGUCAAGAAUGUAUUCUUGCCGGCGCUAGUGAAAUCUCAUGCUUUGGGGGAGGAGGAAAGGGAAAUGCUAGCACUUCCCCCAAGACUGGGUGGGAUGGGGAUCACCAACCCUGAGAAGCUGGCAGAUAAGGAGAACCAAAACUCCAUCAGCCUUACCAGGUCACUCAUCAACAGGAUCAUCGCUCAGGAGGCAGAGGGCGAGAUAGACCAAACAGAAAUAAGAGAUAUUAAAAGAGAAAUCUCAGAAGAAAGGCAACAGGCCCAAAAAGACGAGCUGGACCGUCUUACACACCACCUGUCCACAGAAAUGGGUAGAAAAAUACACACAGCACAGGAGGCAGGCGCCUCUAACUGGCUAACGUCAUUACCAAUCAGAGCAAAGGGCUUCAGCCUCAACAAACAAGAAUUUGUCGACGCCAUUGCUCUGAGAUAUGGCUGGCCGAUUGAGGGACUGCCUGAUCUCUGUGCAUGUGGAUCACCAAAUGAUGUCACCCACACCAUGACAUGUAAAAAAGGAGGCUUCGUCUGUAUUCGGCACGAUGAAGUGAGGGAUCUGACAGCCAGCAUGCUCGGGGAGGUAUGCCAAGACGUCACUACCGAGCCGGCACUGCUUCCCCUGGACGGCGAACACCUUCAGUACAGGACGGCCAAUACCUCACAGGAGGCAAGGGUGGAUGUAAGUGCCCGCGGAUUCUGGGUGCGCGGACAGCGGGCGUUCAUGGACAUCCGCAUAUUCGACCCGAUGGGUGCCUGCCACCGUGAGUUGCUCCUGCAAGCCGCCCACCACAGGAACGAGCAGGAGAAGACAAGGGCAUACGGUGAAAGAAUCCAACAUGUGGAUCAGGGCAGCCUCAACCCCCUCGUCUUCACCACAUCCGGCGGGAUGGGUCCCAGGGCCCAAUGCUUCUACGCACGCCUCGCGGAACAAAUCUCAGAAAAGAAGCAUCAGCCAAGGAGACACGUUGUCGCCUGGAUGAGGUGUCGCCUCUCGUUCUCCCUGCUCAGGUCGGCCAUCCUAUGUCUCAGGGGCACCAGACACUCUGGCCCAAAAGCCACCACCAUCUCCAAUAUGGACUAUGAAGCCACAGUGGUGGAGAGUGACAUUAGGGUGGGUCGGGAGUGACUUGAGUAGGGAAGGAAAGGGGGAUCUAGACGUAAUAGAUGAUGGGUGAUUUAGUGUCAGGUAGUAUUAGUGAUAUGGUUGGAUGCCACAGUCAUUAGGGAACAGAGUUGGGGCUAAUGACCUCCAAGCUAUGGAGCCCUCCAUGAUUAUGUGUCGGGAAAAUAAACAUGGGUGGAGGUAUCAUUUAUGUUUGUAGUAGUAGUAGUAGUAGUAGUAGUAGUAGUAGUAGUAGUAGUAGUAGUAGUAGUAGUAGUAGUAGUAGUAGUAGUAGUAGUAGUAGUAGAAGAAGUUGAAGUAGUAGUAGUAGUAGUAGUAGUAGUAGUAGUAGUAGUAGUAGUAGUAGUAGUAGUAGUAGUAGUAGUAGUAGUAGCAGAAAGUAGAAUGUGGACCAGGGCUCCUUCACCCCGGUAGUAUUCACGACGGCAGGAGGGAUGGGACCAAGGGCGCAGAGCUUCUACGCAAGACUCGCCGAAACACUGGCGGAUAAGAAACAACAGCCAAGAAGCAGUGUGGUCGCCUGGAUGAGAUGCAGGCUGUCCUUCUCCCUCCUGAGGUCAGCCUUGGUCUGCCUGAGAGGAACCAGGUCACCUGCACCCAAAACCACCCGCAUUGCUGACCUGGACUUUGAGGCGACGGUGGUUGAUAGUCGUAUCAACCACAUGCUCUGUUAGCUUAAAAAUAAAAUGUUUAGUAAAGUUUGUAAUAUUAAAUAAAGAUGGUUGUCGGCCACAGUCAUUGGCGGGGUGGGGCCAAUGAAUUGAUUUGUGAAAGGAUAUGAGAAAAUAUACCGCUCACAACACAAC